AUGGCGAUGUGUAUGCAACUGCCUUGUAUAGAAUGUGGCAGGCUGUUCACUCAUCACUAUGGUCUUCUCUACCAUGUUGAACGGUGUAACGUAUCAGAAGAAGAAAUGCCUUGGAAAUGUUAUCGGUGUUCAAUUCACACAACACGAGCAAAGUCGCACGAACAUCUCAGAGAGUGUUGGAGCAACCAGCGUGCAGAGGAAGAAAAAAAGCAGUCUACGUGCCCUGUAAUGGGUGCUCUUGGGGAUGUCAAUCUGUAG